AUGGCCUUAUUCAGCGUCCGAUGUACUGCAUGUGAUACAGCAAUUCUACCCAACCAGCUGGUACUUCACUCACUCCUUCCGCAUGAGCCUCCUGGAUCACCUCUCCAAUCUAACCUGGACUUGACUGAAGCCAUAGACCCUUCCGUUCAUCCUAACGAGCAUGGCAAUGCAGAGGGGAGUAUAGAAGCUCAAAGAGGAGACCUUGUUGUUUUACCACCCCUUUCCAGACAACGAUUCCUCUCACGCAAGCCUAUCUGGUCCACGCGGGCACUGCCAUAUCACCUUGAGUGCUUUUCGUGCUAUAUUUGUGGCCGGAUUCUUACACCAGGCGAGCGAUAUGUUCUGCGUGCCUGCACUGAUCCCCGACGAGCUGCAAUCAAGGCCUACGGUUAUUCAGUUGGCGCCAGCAGCUACAUAACUCCACUUCCCAUGUGCUUGAACGACUAUCUAACGGAAUUACGUCACCAUACACAGGCCUUAGAGGAGGCGACAUCGCAACGGCCAAUUUCAACUAAGCACGAUCUUGGUGUUUCUUUGGCCAGUCCGGAGCCUUUCAUUGCGGACGUUGGCGGCGAUAAGUGGACUUCUAAUUUGGAUGAAAUUAACAAUUUGUCCGUAGAUGGUGAGCAUAGGACACGGGAAAAAUGCGGUGAGUUAGGCGACGGGAAGACGAUGAUAGAAGACGAACAGGAGAAAGAACAGGAUGAAGAGAAUGGAGCAGAAAGCGGAGAAGAAGAGAAUCAAGUAGAAGAACAGGAAGAAUAUGGAGAGGAGGAUAACAUUGAAAAUAAGCAAAAGCAGUGCCUCCAGCAGCCAGCCUGGCUUAUGGAUUCAACAUGCAGUGCAAAUCGGCUUUUGAAGCAGACCCUCAUAUUAGCACAAAACAAAUACACAACCCGGCACCACUUGAGAUCUCGCCGAUCUUCAGGUCAGACGAAGGUCUCAGUAGCACAUUCACAGUUGCCGGAGUCUCCAAUGCUUAGUUCCUAUCCUAGCCGACUCUCAUCCGUCGGGCUGCCGAUGAAAUGUUUAAGUGAACUGUUCCCGACUCAGACUCCUUUUCCAGGCAUGGAUCAUAAUGAUCCUCACAAAGUGGCCCUCACCGUAACCCAAAAAGCCGGGGUGCAUAUAGAAGUGAGCCUUGACCCUGGAACGCAGAGUAGCAGUGGCCUGCAACCGACACACGGAAGGUCGAGAGAGACCACACCCCGACUUGAAUCCGCAGGCGGAUCUAGUGAUGGCGCCGCAGGUAAGGACUGA